UUAGAAAAAACCUUAGCAUACACUACAAAUAUAAUAAAACAUAAACAUAGGAUAACAUAUUAUAUAUAUUAGACAAGUGUGCAACGUUGUUGACAAUGUUCUUUGCAUGGGUUGGUAAAACAACAGAUACAAGUAGAGGGUGCCCUCAAAUUCAUCAAAGGUAGUUACUAUCAUUUGAGAAACUGGGAGAAUAGAUACUGGCCUUUCAACAAUCUACUAAGACUCUCCCAAAGAUCAAGCAUCCUAUAUCAAAUUCUAGUGACAUGGUCGUAAAGUAACGCAGAAGCCUUUGCAGAUUAUUAUAUUACUUUCUACAAAGUACCCUCCCUAGAAAUUGGAAAUAAGCAAGAGAAAGUCACAACAUUCUUAAAUUCCCAUAAGCUCUCAUACAAAGGCAUAGAUGGGCUUCCUGGUGAGCAAUACAAAUGCUUUGUGGAUGAGUUGGCUCCAGUAAUAGGAAAGGUCUACAAUUUUGGACUUUCCAGUCACAACCCUUCAGGAAGUUGAUCUGAAGCCUUUAUUUCAAUAUACAGUAUGUCUAAACUAGUACAUCCUGACCAGACAGAAUUGAUUCCAAGGUGUCAGGGUACUAUUAAUAUUUGAAAGAUUUCACUUUGCAACGUAGCAAAAUAUUUACAAAGGGAAACUUUGACAGAUACUGUGCAAUCUUAUUGGUUGAAGUAAAUGUAAGAUGUUCAGUUAAUCAUCUUCUACCCAGUAAACCAACUGUGUUCAUCCAUCUAAUGACCAGACAUAACAAACUAUAUUGAAACAGUAGGUUUGCCUGUGGUCCUCCCUUCACAGGUUUAUUUAGGCGUAGCAGUGUGGACAUAACCCAUAAUCCUCCUGCAGACACACCUGUAGAGGUGAGUAUAAAAACCCUGGACUGAACUGAGUCAAACAUCGAGCUUCAAGGAGUCUCUCCAAAGCAGCUUGCCACAGAAGCUCUACAUACAUCAGACCACACCUGAAGAUGACUCCCUCUGUCAGCCUGCUGCUACUGCUCCUGUUCGGCCUCUCUCAGGCACAUCCUCUCCUGGAGGAAGGAAGUGGAGAAGAGGAGGAUGACAGUGUUGAUAUCAGCACCAGGAUUCUGGCCUCCAACAAUGCCACAGAUGAGAUCUUGCUGGAAGGAGACUUGUUGGCUCCCAGAACCAGAAACGCCAUGACAUGCUGGUCCCAGAGCUGCCUGUGGAGGAAAGCCUCCAACGGCAUGGUGAUGAUCCCCUUCACCGUGAGCAGUCAGUUCAGCAGCUGGGAAAGGCAGAAGAUCGAGAGCGCCAUGAAGGCCUUUCACAGCAGAACCUGCAUCCGCUUUGUCCCCCGUCAGAACCAGUACGACUACAUCAGCAUUGAGAACAAAGCCGGAUGUUUCUCGGCUCUGGGAAGAACAGGAGGCAGACAGGUCCUCUCUCUCAACAAGCAGGGCUGCCUCUACCACGGCAUCAUCCAGCAUGAGAUCAACCAUGCUCUGGGCUUCCAGCACGAGCAGACCAGGAGCGACCGCGACUACUACGUCAGGAUCAACUGGGAGAACAUCGACCCGCAGAUGGCCUACAACUUCUACAAGCAGAACACCAACAACCUGAACACUCCCUACGACUACUCCUCCAUCAUGCACUACGGAAGGACCGCCUUCUCCAUCCAGUACGGCAGGGACUCCAUCACCCCCAUCCCCGACCCCAACGUCCAGAUCGGACAGAGGCAGGGCAUGUCCUAUUGGGACAUCAUGAGGAUCAACCUGCUCUACGGCUGCUGACAACACCACAUCUGAUCUAAAGUUAUCAUUUAGCAAAACAAAUGAACUCAAUGCCAAAUACAACAAAUUCACAUUUUUUCUCCAUUUACAUGUAAUGAAUAAAACGCUACUAAAAUGUAUGUGAUCCAUGACAUACUCUUCACAUUCUGUGACUGUAAUCUUUGAAAUGUUCACACAAAGAAAUAAACAUCAAAGAGCAAAUGAAGUUCCCUCAUGUCUAAAUUAUCUGUGAAAAAGUUAAUGCAGAAUGAAAUUAAUAUAGUUGGUUAGCAGAGGAGUGAGUCAAGUUUAAUUUAAUGUUUUACAGCCUGUUAAUUAAGUUCACUUAUUGGGAAGAUGUUAUUUCUUCAUUUGUUUCUGAAUUCUGUCCUUCCUUCUGUCUACCUCUCUCCACCUCAGGUGCACUACACUAACAAGUUAAUUAUUUGAAGUCCCACCAAAGUGCAGCACUGUAACGUUUACCUGAGGUCUUCCCAAAACCAAAAACAUGAGUAAAAGUGUAAGAAGUGGAUUAAACAGUAUGUUUGACUGCUCGAACAUAAACCGCUAA